AUGACAACAUUCACAGGUAUUAUUAAUCGUUUUCAAAAUCUUUUUGGAUCACCCUUAAAUGCAUUGGAAGAUAGUAUUGUUGGAGUUGUUAAUAGAAAUUGUGACAUUAUCAUCAAAUUUCAAUCAAAUGAUCAUCCUUUAGUUCCACAAGAUGAUGCUAAAGUAUUCGAUAAAACAUUUCGUCUUCUUGACAAUGUAUUUAAACUUUGUCAAAAACCAAAGUUAAAAUUAAAACCAUCACCACCAAAUAUUUUAGAAAUUAUACCUGAUAUUUACAAACAUUUAAAUUUAAUUUUAAAAGAAAACCCAUCAGCUUAUAGUGAGAUACUUUAUUUGAGAUUAUAUAUGACUAAUCUUGAUAAUAAAUGUAAAGGAAUUAUAAAAUUAUUAAAAGAUAGUAAAGAUGAUAUUUAUGAUGAAGAAUCUGUAUCUAGAUUAUCAUUAACAAAGAAAGUAUUAUCAUUUUCACAUAUGUAUUAUGAGUUAAUUGCUUUAUCACCAGAAGGAAAAUUAUCAUCAAAAAGUUUUAGAAUAACUAAACAAGAAGCAUCACAAUUUUGGUAUAAUAAUUUUGGUGAUUUAAUUAUUGUUCCAUGGAAUCAAUUUGAAAAUUUACUUAAAAAAGUACAUAUAUUUUCUGAUAAUAGUAAUGAAAGUAAUAGUUUAAAAAAAACAAUGGAUUUAACAUCAAAUUGUCAUAUAUCACAAUUUGAAUUUGAUGUAUUUACAAGAUUAUUUCAACCAUGGGAUAAAUUAUUAGAUAAUUGGAGAGUUUUAGCUGUAAAACAUCCUGCAUAUGUUAGUUUUUUGACAUAUGAUCAAGUUAAAUCAAGAUUAGAAAAAUUUAUUAAUAAACCAGGAAGUUAUGUAUUUAGAUUAAGUUGUACAAGACUUGGCCAUUGGGCUAUUGGUUAUGUUGCCCCAGAUGGUAAAAUUUAUCAAACAAUACCAAAUAAUAAAUCUUUAGUUAAAGCUCUUGUUGAUGGUUAUAGAGAAGGAUUUUAUCGUUAUCCAAAUGGUGAAGAUUAUAAUCCUGAUUUGACAAAAGAACUUGAAACAUCAAAUUCUGGUAAAACUGUUCAUGUUACUCAGGAACAAUUUGAAAUAUAUUGUUCAAUAGGAAGUACAUUUGAAAUGUGUAAAAUUUGUGAUGAAAAUGAUAAAGAUGUUAGAUUAGAACCUUGUGGACAUUUAAUAUGUAAAACAUGUUUAACAAGUUGGCAAGAAGUAACAACAGGAAUAAAAAAUUGUCCAUUUUGUAGAUGUGAAAUUAAAGGAAUUGAAGAAAUAGUUAUUAGAAAAUAUAGUAAUUAUUUAUCUAAUAUAACAGGUGAUGGAAAAAAUAAUGAAAAAAAAAAUGAAGAUGAAGUUAUUAUGAAAAAUAAACUUCAUUUACCUAUUAAAUUAUCAUUUGGAAAAAAUAAUAAAGAAAAACAAAAAAAUUGUGAUAAGACUAGUUCUGAAUCUUCACCAAUUGAUAAUCUAAAUAAUUUAUCUUCAAGAAAUCUUCCCAAAAUUCCAAAUUCAUACAAUAAUAGUAUGGUUGUAUUGACGUCACAAACGAAUGUCAAUGAGACACCUUUAUAA